GUGCACCCUGCCUCCCUUCAGCAGGUUUAAGAUCCUUUUUACUAAAAGAAGCUGCUUCUUCACAGCCCUGAGCAGGGGCGUACCAGAGAGAAGGCGUGAGAAAGGCACGAGUGAAAGCACUGGCCCUUAGGAAGCACGCUCGACCAGAGCCACUGAGGCCAGCAGGCAGACAAGGACCCAGCUCCAGAAACCACCUCUGGGCCCUGUCACCCCCCUCCCACGUGGCUUCUGGAACUGGGGGUUAUCGGGAGCAAAAGCCAGGAGCAGCCGGCUAAGCCCUGGGGAAAGAUAGGGGCAGAUUCCAGGAUGCUUUAGCCCAUCUCUGUUCCGGGCUGGGGACACCGAGCCCCUGCUGCCGAAGCCUCCCUCCCGCUGUAGGGGUAGCCUGGAGGCCUGCAGGAUGGAGGCGGCCUGUGAGGAGAAACUGGCUUCUGUGUCCAACCUGGUGACUGUGUUCGAGAACAGCAGAACCCCGGGAGCAGUGCCCACAGGCCCCCGCCCAGAAGACAGGCAGCACCUCCUUGGAUGCAGGACUCCUCAGCCCCCAGGGCCCAGCAUGGGGGAGACCCCAGGGGCUGAACCCAGGACGGUCAGCAGGAGGUACCUGAGCUCCCUGAAGAACAAGCUGUCCAGCGGGGCCUGGAGGAAAUCUUGCCAGCCCAUCGCCCACCCUGGGCCAGGGACGCAGGAGCCUGGAGAGAAGCGGAUUGUUCAGGAGCUGCUGGAGACGGAGCAGGCUUACGUGGCACGCCUCCACCUGCUGGACCAGGUGUUCUUCCAGGAGCUGCUGAAGGAGGCCCGCAGCAGCAAGGCCUUCCCCGAGGACGUGGUCAAGCUCAUCUUCUCCAACAUCUCCUCCAUCUACCAGUUCCACGCACAGUUCUUCCUGCCAGAGCUGCAGCAGCGCCUGGACCACUGGACGGCCACGCCCCGCAUUGGCGAUGUGAUCCAGAAGCUGGCCCCGUUCCUGAAGAUGUACAGCGAGUAUGUCAAGAACUUCGAGCGAGCUGCCGAGCUCCUGGCCACCUGGAUGGACAAGUCCCCACCCUUCCAGGAGGUUAUCACCCGCAUCCAGAGCAGCGAGGCCUCGGGCAGCCUGACCCUGCAGCACCACAUGCUGGAACCCGUGCAGAGAAUCCCGCGCUAUGAGCUGCUGCUCAAGGAAUACGUCCAGAAGCUGCCUGCCCAGGCCCCAGACCGAGCCGAUGCCCAGAAAGCCCUGGACAUGAUCUUCUCCGCAGCGCAGCACUCCAACGCAGCCAUCAAGGAGAUGGAGCGGCUGCAGGACCUGUGGGAGGUGUACCAGCGCCUGGGCCUCGAGGACGACAUAGUGGACCCCUCCAACACCCUGCUGCGUGAGGGCCCGGUCCUCAAGAUCUCCUUCCGCCGCAGCGACCCUUUGGAGCGCUACCUCUUCUUGUUCAACAACAUGCUGCUCUACUGCGUGCCCAGGGUCAUCCAGGUGGGCGCCCACUUCCAGGUGAGGACGCGCAUCGACGUGGCCGGGAUGAAGGUGCGGGAGCUGACUGACGUCGAGUUCCCCCACUCCUUCCUGGUGUCCGGGAAGCAGCGCACCCUGGAGCUGCAAGCCCGGUCCCGGGAGGAGAUGGUUUCCUGGGUGCAGGCCUGCCAGGCAGCCAUCGACCAGAUUGAGAAGCGGAAUGAAACCUUCAAGGCUGCGGUCCAGGGACCCGAGGGAGACGCCCAGGAGCAGGAGCUGCAGACUGAGGAGCUGGGCCUCCGGGCACCACAGUGGGUCCGGGACAAGAUGGUGACCAUGUGCAUGCGCUGCCAGGAGCCCUUCAACGCCCUGACGCGCCGUCGCCACCACUGCCGGGCCUGCGGCUACGUGGUGUGUGCCAGGUGCUCCGACUACAGAGCUCCGCUGAAAUACGACGACAACCGGCCCAACCGCGUCUGCUUCCACUGCUACACCAAAGGGUCUUCGGCGGGGUCCGACCAGAGCGUCAUGUGCAGCUUCCUGCAGCUCGUCGGGGACAAGUGGGGCAGAAGUGGCCCCCGGGGCUGGUGCGUGAUCCCCCGGGACGACCCCCUGGUGCUCUAUGUCUACGCUGCCCCACAGGACAUGCGGGCCCACACCUCCAUCCCCCUGCUGGGCUACCAGGUGACCGCUGGGCCCCAGGGCGACCCCCGAGUCUUCCAGCUGCAACAGUCAGGCCAGCUCUACACCUUCAAGGCCGACACUGAGGAGCUGAAGGGCCGCUGGGUGAAGGCCGUGGAGCGGGCAGCCAGCGGCUGGGGGGCCCCGGGGGCCCGGCGGGCACCGAUGUGGCAGAAGCGAAUAGGGGUCCUUGCGUUCUUCUCUCGGAUACUUCCAUCACCAUGUUUAGAGCCCAGCCUGAAAGAUGACGAGGAGGGAGAGGCUCAGGCAUCCCAGAUGUUCUAG